AUGAAAGAAGCUCAAAAAAUCCUUCACAAUACACCAGGACUUGAAUUAACAGAAGAAGAGCAGAUCCAAAAGAUCGCUGAACUUGAAGAAAUGAUCAAGCAGAAGCAACAUCUUAUUGACGAGUGUACAAAACAGAUCCAAGAAUGGAAUAAUGAAGGAAAUCAAUCUAAUGAAUGA